AAAAUUAUGAUUGAAAUAGCAAAAAUAAGCUCACAAUUUCAGCCAAUUCUGUCACGUCUGCGACACCAUCAAAGAAGAAGCACAUAAAGGAACAAGCGAAUUGAAGCAGUAUGUGUUCAAUGAGGGAUCGGAGAACGUAACAAGGCAAUCAAUUAUUGAUUUUUUAAAGAUGUGUGCACCAUCACGUCGCGAGCUCAACGAGAAACAUGGCGAUGCUCGUGACAAGUUACAAGAAUACUGGAAUUAUCUCAAACAGGGUAUUUUAACGGCUGUAGUGCAUGUAAUGGACCGUUCGGAGCUGGAAAAUUCGAAACGUAAACAAUGUCAGACAAUGUGCAACACCUUUACGAAUAAAAGGGGAAUCAGUAAUACUUACCGAAACACACUGCUUAAAUCGAUCGAAUCCUUGUGUACCCCAAAGGACCAGUACGCUGCAUGCGUCUAUCACACCGUGAAAUUUGACAUUAAUGGAGACUUUUAG